UGAAACGUAUCAUCAACUUAAUUGCAAAGGGUAAAGACGUCAGUGAGCUUUUUCCAGCUGUCGUAAAAAAUGUUGCGGCAAAGAAUGUAGAGCUCAAAAAACUUCGUCUACGUUUACCUUGUACGUUAUGCAGAAGAGCAACAGGAUCUAGCCUUAUUGUCAAUCAGUACAUUUCAAAGAGCUCUCAAGGGCUAGCGCUCUUCGGUAGUGUUAUCGUCUAUCCAGUUGCAUUGAUUCUCCAUAGAUGUGCUGGCCAUCAAAGACCUCAGUGGCAGCUCAUGCCAUUCCCAAGCUGUACUCUUUGGAUCCCGAACUCGAAACAGAGCUGGUCGAUUGCAUCGAUUUUCUUCUUAGCUGAUAGACGUAGCCUAGUUCUGGGUAGUGCAGUAUAUGCUUUUGAAGAGAUAUGCCCAAAUCGCUUGGACUUGCUUCAUAAACACUUUCGUGCUUUGUGUCGUGCUUUAGCAGACGUUGACGAGUGGGGGCAGGUUAUGAUGAUAAACCUUCUCACCAGAUAUGCGCGUUCAGAACUGGCUGAUCCUGAACUUCUGCCACAGCCAGAUGUGGAUCUCACUCUGCUUCUUAACUCGGCUCGUCCUCUUCUACAGUCACGAAACUGCAGCGUCGUUAUGGCGGUUACUCAGUUGUUCUACUAUACCGCUCCAAAGGCACAGCUUUCACAAGUCGCCCGUGCGUUAGUACGCCUUUUACGUGGACCACGAGAAGUGCAAUAUGUUGUUCUGUUGAACAUUGCGACGAUCUGUGAGCGCAAUCCGGUACUUCCUGGAACCUAUGCCAUAUCAAAAAAUAUGUUCGAUCCGUUCCUGAAAUCGUUCUUCGUGCGUUCAUCGGAUCCAUCGUUCGUGAAGGAAUUGAAGCUGCACAUUCUCACCAGUCUGGUAUCAGAAGCGAAUGUGCACAUCAUUCUUAGAGAGUUACAGGUGAGAGAAUUCGCUAUUUUCUCCAGAAUUCCAAGACUGGAGUAUAGAUACGCCGGCAUCAGUUGGAUACGCCGUCAAUCCGAGCCUAAUUAG